AUGUGGAUCUUUUCGAGGCCUCGAACAGGAAUCAGGGUGGACGGACAACCGAUAAAACUCGUCGAUGAGUUCUGUUACCUGGGCUUUACGCUGAAGAGCAAAUGCAGCUACGAGAAAGAUAUUCAGCAAAGAUGCGUCAAGGCCACUUCCACAUUUAACUCCUUAACGAAAUGCCUGUGGUCGAUCCCCAUUACCAACAAAGUCAAGUCGGGAGUCUACUUAUCUGCAACUCGUCCCAUCAUGAUGCACGGAUGGGAAGUUUUGGCAGCAGUAUCUACGGUGAUGGAGAGGCUUGAUUGCACGGAAUGA